AUGAAUAAUUCAACUGUUAGCAUUCUUGAUUUACCUGAUGAAGUUUUACUUAACAUUUUCAAGACACUCAAUAAUAUGGAUCUGCUCUAUUCACUUUUCGGUAUUAAUAAAAGGCUCGAUAAUAUGGUAUGUGAUAUUAACUUAACUCGAAGUAUCAAUCUAAUGAUGCUACCAUCAAAUAGAGUAAUCGAUUGGCGAACUAGUACAAUACGUGAUCGAAUUUUUAUGCAAUUAUUACCUCGGAUUCAUAACAACGUGGAAUGCCUCACUGUUCAGGGAUGUUUCUUUCUACGUGUUCUUCUUGCUGGCAAUUAUCUAAACUUACGCAAACUCACUCUUAUCAAUCUCGAAUUCACAAUGGCUUGCCAUAUUUUCAAUGGCAAGUUACCUUAUGGCUCCAUGUCUAAGAAGUAG